AUGUGGCAGGCUGAUAUCAUCGAGAUGCGUCCGUACUCAGACUUCAACAGAGGCCACCACUACAUACUCAUCGAUGUGUUGAGCAAGUACGCGUGGGCCGUACUGCUCAAGAGCAAAGAUGGAAGCGAAACGACUGAUGCUAUCGCUGAGAUAAUUCGUCUGAAUGGAAGAUAUCCGAAAAAUUUACAAACGGGGAAGGAAUUUUACAAUGUGCAGAAAAUUUUGAAAAAACACGACGUUAAUCACUAUUCCACGUAUUCGACGUUGAAAGCGUCAGUAAUCGAGCGAUUCAAUCGCACGCUCAAAAACAACAUGUGGAAGAUGUUUACACUCAACGGCAAUUACAAGUAG